UGCCGAUAAGGCGCGAUACUUGAUUUUAACAAUUGUUGACGUCUCGUCAAAUCACCGUACGAUGGCGGCCGAUACUGGCAAGGGUACUCGCCUGAGAGCAAAAUUCCCAUAUACAUAUAAAGAUGCUUCGGGGACGACGGUGUCUUUUCGAGAAGGUGAUAAUUUCACACUAAUUAAGAAAGCUGGGAAAGACUGGUGGUACGUCCAGCAAGAUGGUGUUGGAGACCAAAAACCAGUUUAUGUCCCGGCUAAAUACAUGGAGGAACUCUCCCCACCACCUUGUUUUACUAGUAACGGUGGAAGUGGACUCACUCCAAGUUUAGAAAACGUGAAUGAAGUACCUACGCAGCGUACACUGCUACCAGAUCGAGACUACGACGACCGAGAGGUAAAUUCCGUGGGUUCACAAGGUCACAGUGAUCUGUCAAGUUCAAGCGAAUUGUUGAACACAGCUGGUAGCAGCCCUCAGACACCUUUUGAUGGACCCACUGUCAGUAAUCCUAGCAUAGACCCUCCGCAGCCAACAAGGCCUCCGUCACAAGUUCUAGGCAAUAACUGGGAAGUCCACUAUGAUGACAAAGGACGGAAAUUUUUCCACAACACCAUUUCCAAAGAAAGUUCUUGGAAGCCACCAAGAGGUUAUGGGGUAACUUCACCAAAGACUACAGUGCCUCAUGGAUGGAAACAAGAGACUAAUGAUGAAGGAGACUUGGUUUACAUCAAUGAAGCUACUAAAGAUAAGUGGCAUACUUCCCAAGAUCAAAAUGGUAAAGUGUAUUACUAUAGCGACAAUGGGAUAGAUACUGCAUGGGAGUUGCCUGAGGCUGACCCCAUUCCUAGAAGUAAUACCGAAAGCCAGUUGUCUUUUGAAGACAGCAUACGACGGAAUUACAUAAGACCCCUCAAUGACAGGCAAUCUAAAACCAAAUCAUUAGUUGGUGGGAAUAGUCACGAGCCUGACCGAAGAAGUGCUACAUUACCAGGAAGUAUCUCAGGACCAGUUGAUUCAACUUUUGAUAUACAGAUCCACCGUAGUUUUUCCGAUCUGGCAGUUCAUGAUACAUCCGUCACUGCUGAGAAACAAGGAAUCGUCAACAAAGCAAAAAUCUUUGAAAAUGGGAAAAAAAUAAAGAAAAACUGGAGUACGUCUUACCUAGUACUGAGCAACCAGCAUCUCUAUUUCUAUAAAGACCAAAAAACUGCUAGUGGGAAAUCUGGAGCACCAACUGGAAAACCGGAGAUAGUAGCUCCUAUGAAAGGGGCUCUCAUAGAAUGGGCCAAAGAUAAAUCAAGCAAGAAAAACGUCUUCCAAUUAAGUACAUUGAGUGGUAUUGAAAUACUUGUACAAUGUGAUAAUGGUAUGGCAUCUCAGCAAUGGUUUACCGCUAUAACAACUAACAUUGGUAGCAUGAGUCCUGUGCCAGGUAGACGACAACGUAGCGUAGAUUUGUCUGAUGAGGAAGAACUUGAUCAAUUUCCAUCAAGAGGCAUGCUUUUACGCGAAGACAGUCAAACCAAAGUUGGUGGUAAAUUAAAAAGAUUAUUAAGUAAAAGACCAAAGAAAGAAGCUUUAGAAAAAAAAGGAUAUAUCAAAGAUCGUGUGUUUGGUAGCCAUCUUGUACAGCUAUGUGAGAAAGAAAGGUCACUUGUUCCUAAAUUUGUGGUACAGUGUAUAGCAACUAUUGAUAAAAGAGGACUCCGCGUAGAUGGUAUUUAUAGAGUUAGUGGAAACAUGUCACAUGUACAGAAGCUCAGGUUCACAGUAGACCAAGAGCAACCACUUAAUUUGAAUGAUCCUAAAUGGGACGAUAUACAUGUCAUAGCUGGCUCUCUCAAGUUAUUUUUCAGAGAAUUAAAAGAACCAUUAUUUCCUUAUAAACUGUUUGAUAGAUUUGUCGCUGCAAUAAAACAAGACAAGAGAAGUAAGCUGAAAACGUUCAAGACUCUGUUAGCAUCUUUGCCAAAACCCAAUUACGAGACCAUGAGAGUUUUGUUUCAGCACUUACUGAGGGUGAUACAACACGAAUCUUAUAACAGAAUGAACGCACAGAGCAUCGCAAUAGUAUUCGGUCCUACGCUAUUAUGGCCAGAAACAGAGACAGGUCAGAUGGCUAUUAAUAUGGUAUAUCAAACGCAGAUAGUAGAAUUUGUACUUUUAGAACAAAAUAAUCUAUUUCCCGAUUAGGUAUGUCAUGUGACCAUGUUUUGAGUACAUAGAUGCGGUUGUCCAUUCCAAUACAACCCAAAAAUAACUGUUCAUAACAAACUUCAAUAAAAUUUGAAUGGACUAGCUGCUG